CACCGUUUAAAAUAAAAAAAGACAUUAUAUAAAGUAAUUUUCGUUAUACAUUAACAAGUGCAAAAAUGAUUGCAUUAAAAUAACAAAAAGUUUACUUAUUAUUUACGUAACGAAACUUAACCCAACGUCAAGCAUUGUUGUAUUUGUGAUUGUAGAUACGCACUGAAAGUGAAAUGGGUCAAGCAUUCAAUAUAAGCCUGGAAGUAUCUCUAUCAUCUGAUGAAGAUUGUAGUGUAAGUUCGAAAAAUAUAAACAAAGUUGAUAUAAAUACAUUGGACGCCUGUGUACAACCAGAUAAUAUAUUAGAAGAUCUCGUAAUACAAGAGGGUCUUUAUGAAUCUAGAAAAUUCCAAUCAUGGCAAAGAAGACGAAAGGGAUACUAUGCACCUAGAAGAUUUGAAUCGAGGCAUGGUAUGACUGAUAUAGACCACAGAGAACCAUCAGAAAUUGAGAAAGAAGAAGACUUAAAUGACAAAUAUGGAUUACAAUUACAGUCAUCCGUCGCUAUUCCUAAACUAUCAACACCAACAAAUGAACAAGAAAAACCACCAGAAGUUAAGAACAAACUUACCACAGAGACUGAUUCUGUUAUAGAUAAAACACCUCAUGAGCUUGCUAUAAAAUCGUUUGAAGAACGUUUUUUUGCAAAAAAUCAAGCAGAGUCUAUCAAUGACAUUAUACCACUUGGAAAUAAAGUAGGGGUUUAUGAAGCCCGAAACUUAUUCGCUACUAAUCCUAAACCAUCGCAUCGCACGAAUGUUAAAAAACAAACAGGAGAAUCUGAAAAGCAACUUACUUCAGAGGCUGGUUACGACAGUAAGAAAGAGUCUGAUGAUGAGCUUGUUAGAAAUAAGUUUAAAAAACUUUUGGAAAAAAAAAGUUAUAAUGAUAGACCUAGUGAAGGUAUACCUGAAAAAAGCAACUCAUCAGAGUCAGAUUUAGAAUUAACAACGUAUGAAUUAGAGAAAUACACAAGAAAUGAAAUGAUUAUUUUCAAUCAUGAAAACUUUAUUAGCGGACCGAAAAGACGAGGCACAGCGUUAGACGUAGCAGCAUUAGAAAGUACAUUUAAACAAUUUCGAUUUGAUGUGACAACUCACAAUGAUCUAACAGAAAACGAUUUGUUCACGGAAUUGAAAAAAUUUAGCAGAAGGGACUUCAGUGCCAGCGGCUGCCUUUGCGUGGCAAUCCUGACUCACGGACAAGACCACGGCUAUUUAACAGCAUUUGACACACGUUACUGCGAAAGAGAUGUGAUCGCCUGCUUUGACGCUCGUCUCAAUCCCAGCUUGGUAGCAAAACCAAUCAUAUUCUUAAUUCAGGCAUGCCGGGGUCAACAACCGGCUUCAGUUGUAGAAGCCGGAACCAUAAGUGUACAUGACCCUAUUCAGACUGUGGAGCUAGAUGCUGUAUUACCAACAGAGAAAUAUCGCAGGCCCAUGGACUCAGAUAUAAUCAUGUUUCAUAGCUCUUUCUUUGGAAGAGCCUCUAUCAGAGUGAUUGAAGAGGGCACGUGGUUCAUACAAACACUUUGUGUGCAAAUGAGACUGCUCGGCGCCACAGACCACUUCGAGAAGUUGUGCCGAUGGGUUCGAACAAUCGUUGCUCACAUGGAGUAUGAAGGGGCCAAGCAAAUGCCAGUAGUUACCUCAACAUUACUCAAAAAGCUAUAUCUGAAGAAAACACUUUCUAGUUUAGAUAAAUCUGAAAAAUCUAAAGAGGAAAAGUGGCAAAACGCGCUGAUGGAAACACUUUCUCGUAUGCCUCGGCGUAGAAAAAAAUUCGAUCGAAUUAGUUUAGUAAAAGCGCCUGAAGGAAGUUCUCCGAGGGUAAUAGGCGUGUUUACAGAUAGGUACCAAACUUUACAUGUUACAUAUUAGGGAGAAGAAAUAAAU